GUCGUGUCAUAACAGAUUGAAAUUCUUUUCAAUUUUAUUCCGCAAACGCGAUUUUGAGGUUAGAAGAGAAAACGCGAUUUUGAGAUUUUGAGGGUAUCAACUAUCAAUGGUUUUUUAGAGAGAUGCAAACGUCGUUGUUUCGACGACUUGCUCCAUCGUUGGCAGCACGAUUUCAACGAAACGAGAGUCUUAUAAGUUCUUUUUCAUCUUCUUCUUCUUCUGCGGUUCUUCACCAUGUUACGUCUUCGUCGUCUUCUUCUGCUGAAGUGGAACCUGUUCACAUAACCGAAAACUGCAUUCGUAGAAUGAAGGAACUGGAUGCCAAUGAAUCAUCGUCUGGUGGAAAAAUGCUUCGUUUGAGCGUAGAAACUGGUGGAUGUUCGGGAUUUCAGUAUGCUUUUAAUCUGGACGAUAGAGUUAACUCGGACGACAGAGUUUUUGAAAAGGAAGGAAUUAAAUUGGUCGUUGACAAAAUUUCAUAUGACUUCGUGAAAGGCGCAACUGUUGAUUAUGUAGAGGAGCUAAUUCGUUCGGCUUUCAUAGUGACCGAGAACCCCAGUGCAGUUGGUGGUUGCAGUUGUAAAAGCUCCUUCAUGGUGAAACAGUAGUUAGUUAUCUCGGUACUCCCCUCCUCACUUUCCUCCACCGCCCAGAUAUUUAUUCAGUCGAAUUAGAUUACACUAUGAAACAUGAUUUUUGUACCUCAAUUUUUUUUGGAUUGAAUUAAAGAUUGAAUUAUUGCUUGUAUAAUGAUAUCAAUAUCAAUGUAACAGACAGUUGUUGUACUGGUAAUAAAUUAUCAGGCAUGUCAGCCUGUUCUAAUA